CAUUGCUUAAUCAGCUGUUAGGAGGUGAUUUAAACAUAUUAUGGGAACAAAUAAGUCUCUGACUUCCAAGGUAAUCUCACAUAAAGUUGUAUAAUAUUCAGUUGUACAAGGAGUCUUAUCGUUCAUGUUAAAUGUAGUCCCUUGGUUUGCUCUGCAAUCACAUGCUUUAUAUUGAAAUAAUUCUUUGACGGGAGGAUUUCAAAAUGAACAACACUGGAAUCAGCUAAGAACCUAAUCUUGAAACAAAAGCAGUGAAGUUAACUCUUUAAAAAAAAAUAAUAAAGGUCCCUAACCCCGCUUACUCACCAUUACAUGAUUUGAGUGAUGUUACAGCCCUUGUUUGUGAAGACAGUCAUUUGUCAUUCAGAGAGGUGCCCUUUAGCUUACUUUUCAACAGUCUGUUCAAAAAAUAAAGCACAGAGCUGUGCACUGAUCAUUUUCUGCUACUUCUCAGAAUGGCACAAGCUUGUAUUCCAAAGAGAAGGAUGUGAUCAGCUCUGGAGACUUUUUUUUUUUAUUAGCUCCUAAAAAACAGGAUCACAGUAGCAGGUGGAGGCUUUUUGCUCUUUCCUUCAGCAUUGUCAUACGGGCAAGGAUCCCUAUCUAAUCAAUAACCAAAGUUUCUCAGAAUCCCUGGGAUUCAGGUGGGAUCAGACAAUAGUCCCCUGCCGAACUGAUCUCUUGUUCAAUCAUGAGCAAAAAGGCAAAUGAAUUAGUUCUCUCUGUCUAUCAAAGGAAUAGAGAUAAAGAGUUAAGUGUGGAGAGGGAGGGAGAGAAUUAUAGUAUUAUAUGUGCUAAGGAUUAAAGAACAGCUAUUGUAAAUUGACAGACUAUCAGCCACCAGCAGCUGGCUGGAGGCGCACUUUGGCCUAUAAAUAACAGGAAAGAGCUGUUCGCAGCCCAGUCAGAGAGGGGACCACAAGAGCAACACCAGCUGUGCAGGGGAUAUACAGAUUGUUUAAGUGCAGCAGACAUGGAUGUGAUCUUUGGUAGAAAUAAAGAGGAGCACCCAGAACCUAUAAAAGCAGAGGUGAAAGGUGAGCUACCAAGCUGGCUGCAGGGGAUUCUUCUUCGCAAUGGCCCAGGCAUGCAUACAGUGGGGGAAACCAAAUAUAACCACUGGUUUGAUGGCUUGGCUCUGGUGCACAGUUUUACAUUUAAAAAUGGCGAAGUUUACUACAGAAGUAAAUACCUCCGCAGUGACACAUAUAAUUGCAAUAUAGAAGCAAACAGAAUUGUGGUGUCAGAGUUUGGAACUAUGGCUUAUCCAGAUCCAUGCAAAAACCUAUUUGCCAAGGCAUUCUGCUACUUGUCCCACACCAUUCCUGAGUUCACAGACAACUGCCUGAUCAAUAUUAUGAAAACUGGUGAGGAUUAUUAUGCUACAAGCGAGACUAAUUUCAUUAGGAAAAUUAAUCCUCACACUCUGGAGACAUUAGAGAAGGUUGACUACAAUAAAUAUGUAGCGGUGAGCCUGGCGACUUCUCAUCCCCAUUAUGACAGCGCUGGAAAUGUUCUCAAUAUGGGCACCUCUAUCGUUGAUAAGGGGAAGACAAAAUAUGUUAUUUUUAAGAUUCCUUCCUCAGUGCCAGAGAAUGAAAAGAAGAAAUCCUGUCUCAAACACCUGGAAGUGUUGUGCUCUAUCCCUUCCCAGUCUCUCCUUCACCCAAGCUACUAUCACAGUUUUGGAGUUACAGAAAAUUAUAUCAUCUUCAUAGAGCAGCCAUUCAAACUGGACAUUCUCAAGUUGGCAACUGCCUACUUCAGAGGUGUCAACUGGGCGUCCUGCCUUUCUUUCCAUAAAGAAGAUAAGACUUGGAUUCACCUCAUAGACAAAAAGACCAAAAAGGAUAUAUCCACCAAGAUUUAUACAGAUGCCAUGGUCCUUUUUCACCAUGUGAAUGCUUAUGAGGAGGACGGCCAUGUUGUUAUUGAUGUAAUUUCCUAUCCGGACAAUAGUCUAUAUCAAAUGUUCUAUUUAAAAAACCUGAAUGAAGAAUUGGAGAAAAACACCAAACUCACUGCCAUACCAGCCUGUAAGCGAUUUGUGGUUCCUCUGGGGUUUGACAAGGGUGCAGAAGUAGGUACUAAUUUAGUCAAACUUCCAUCAACUACUGCAACUGCUCUGAAAGAAAAAGAUGGAAACAUCUAUUGUCAGCCUGAAAUGUUAUGUGAAGGAAUAGAGCUGCCUCGCAUCAACUAUGAUUAUAAUGGCAAAAAAUACAGAUAUAUCUAUGCAACAGAAGUUCGGUGGAGUCCAGUUCCCACAAAGAUAGCAAAAGUUGAUGUUCUGACAAAGAAAAAGCUCAGCUGGGAGGAGGAGCACUGCUGGCCAGCCGAGCCUAUCUUUGUUCCCAGUCCUGAUUUAAAAGAAGAGGAUGAUGAACUUAACGAGUGCCCCUUCCUGGCCAGGCACUGGGACUGCUCUCAGAGGAAUCCAACCUUCCGCUGCUGGGGAUCCCUGGGGUGGGUUAAGCUUCAGCAGACUGCCUCACUGGUUCCUCCCUUGGCCCCUCUGGCACGUUUCUUGGGCAUUGACUCUCAAGCAAUGGGCCUUCUUCUUGGAAAUGAGGCAGCUCAGCUUACCUGCCCCAGGUUCUCAGAACCAGCACUGACCCUCAAGCCAUCCCAGUUACUUAAACGCACCCAGAACUCCACUCAAAAGGGGUGAAGCUUCAGGUGAUGGUUUAACUCUCUCCGGGGGAUGCAGCAAUUAUGAUCACACACCUUGCACAGUCUAACACCUUUAUACUCUUUUUUUAACUUAAUCAUACAAAGCACAGAAAAGUACAGAUCGUACAAAACAAAUGCAUGUCCCUGCUUCAGUUUCCUCACUACCCCAGGCCAUUCUUUGGGUGGAGUCUGAAUCCCUUGGGUUAUCCAGAGUCCUUGGGGCCAUCUGAACUCAGGAAAGCAGGCAGAGACUCCUGGCCCCAUGCAGUUUUUAUAUGCUAUGUGACCUCUACCUCCUGGUGCCUCUUACCCAGCUCUUUGACCUUGCUCUGUUUCCUUUUCCCAUAUGACCCCUGUUCCUCUCUGUUUCUUUAUUUUAAACCCCUCCUCAUCACCUGGCCUCCUUUGUUCUACGUCUGGUAAAUUUCCACUGCUCCUACCUUACCCCCUCCUUUCAAGAGAGAUAACUUAGGGCCUAUCUGCAGUGCAAGUAUAACUGUGCACUAACAGGUGCUGUCUAUCUUUCCUCUGGCGAGGCAUUUGCACCAUGAUCAAUUUGGAGCAUCUGUGUUGUAAUAUGGGUAUGCUGUUGUUGCAGUGGACAGGACAAAUAUUUCCUAAUGUGAUUAUAAAACUCUUUUGUCUUCCCCUAAUACUUGCAGUUUAAAAAAUUGUUAGAGCCCAGAGGUGCUAAAGCGCUGCAGACAAGCAUGGUAGUAUAUGACUAUUUUUGUACUGUAACUGGGCACUUAAGGUGCAAAUUUCUCUAAUGUUGGGGGAGGAUUUUUUAUUUGUCUUUGUUCUUUGCUCAAUAGUUUUUUAGUACUGCAGGCUUAUCUUUUUCAUAUUUAUUUUUAAACUUACACAUUAUGCUUAAAGUGGAAGGAAAACUAUCUACCUAUUUGUAAUUAGCAAUUUACAUUCUAAGUACAAAGAACAUAUAGCAUGUGUUUAAUGAAGAUGUACAGAGUCACAGGGCUAGAUUCACAAAGAAAUUUAGGCAUGGUGAGGUGCCUAGAAAAUAAUUGGGCUCCACAAGGCCUGAGUUCGGUGCCUAGGCUCCUUAUACAAUGAAUGGAGAGAGACAGGUGCCUCAGAAUUGGAUUCACAAAAGCCAGCCAAUGGGAGGUAUGAAAUUGAGGGUAUGCGCUAAGCCCUGCUCCUGUCUUGGCGAUAGAGACCUAAAUCCAGGCUGCAGGGAGGUGCUUCCCUCUGCUUGGGAGUCUCUGCUCCAAACCCUCGCUUGGCAUAAGGCACCUAUGGUAUUUUAGCAAGGAGGUAGAGGAGGGCCUCCCUCAUAACUUUUAGCCCAGGGGUUAGGAUAUUCACCUGCGAUGUGGAAGACCUGCAGUUCAAGUCCCCCUUCCACCUGAGGAUGAUCUGAACAGAGCUCUGCCACCUCUUAGGUGAGUGCUCUAAUCACUGGGCUGUAGGAUAUUCUGAGGAGGGCGUUCCCUCAGUCUCACAUGUUGAAGCUAUUCCACUGUGGAUAAAUAAUUUUAAAAAGUCAUUAGAGUAGGGAGAUUGGAUCCUGGGUCUCCCACGUGACUGUGCUAACUACCAGGCGAUAGAGUCAUUCUCAUACUCAUCAUGUGCUCUCUCCCUCUGGCCCAAUCCUUCCUUCAAGCCACAGUGGAGCAUCUGCACCAGGACUGAGGGAGCCCCGCAGCCCAGCAUUAGGGCACUCACGUGGCAGAUCCCUUUUCAAAGCCCUUCUCCCCACCAGGUGGAGGGGGGACUUGAACUGGGGGUCUCCCACAUCCCAGCUGAGUACCCUAACCACUGGGCUAAAAAUGAUGAGGGAGCUCAGCCUUUUCCUCCUUCCAUUUUGUGCAAGCUUCCCUAUAAGGGCCUGCUUCAGUAAGUGAGCUAUGAGCACACUUACGGGAUCAGGCCUGUAGGCAAUGUAGGUAGAGGAACGCCUACUUUCCCCUAGUUUGUGCACCGCUUUGGGGCGUAGGCAUUCAGACACCUGGCAUGGAGCUGCAGUUCAGAUGUGCAGAGGCCCACAAUAUCAAAAUGGCUUGAAGCCAGACUCUAAGUUAAUCAUGCAGUUUUUGGCAUCCAACUAUUUGCAUGCACUCGAAUAGCUUUCCACCCUAAAAUUUAACGAGCCAUUUCACAAUGUGAUGCACAUGCACAAAUAGUAGUCUGUGAGGUUUUCAAGACACACAUACACCACUCCACUCCCAGUGCCCUAGAACUUCACCCACUAAGGAACAGAUUGAUUACCAUUUUAUAAGUAACACAAUAACACCACCAGUGUAGAAAACUACACUUAAAAUAAGAGUGAUUACUUCCAUUCUUUGGAGAGUGCCAUUUUAAACGAAAGCCAACUUACUGUCCUUUAUCUGUAAACACUCAUGUAAAAUAACUCUCAUCUUUAAAAUUUGUUGGGCUUCAAGUCAUAAAACAGGUGUUUAAACACCACUGCAGUCUUCCCUUUAGUAACAAUGUGGGGUUUGGACUCCAUCUGUAGUAGAAAACUCAUUGUUCAUGUUAAUUACCAUAGACUUGGUAGUCAAUAUACAGCAAAUGUGAUUCUUAACCAAGUCAACUUCUUUAACCUAGUCAGCUUUGGGACUUUCUGACGCUGGUAGAUAUAAAAUGUGGUACAGGACAAUCUUUCACAAGAAUAAUUCAGAUUGGUCUACUAAUUUUUAAAGAAGUAUUUGGGAUUUAUGUUGAAGGUAGAAAAAUGGUCAAAAGUCAUUGUAAGACUUAUUUUCUUUAUUCAUCGCUUUAUUAUUCCUGAGCUGCUCCAUAUAUAGUUGGGCUAUGUAAUGCAGGGUGUGUUAACAUGAUUUCUACUGUCUGCUUAAAACAAGAGAGAAGCAGUACAAAUGAAGAACAUUUUCCGAUUCAACAAAAAGCCACUUACCAACCCAAAAGUAUACUCCAGCUCCCAUUGACUUGAAAGCAAGAUGGCUUGUGCCAUAAGUCUUUAAAAUCCCAACCUACCCAUCCAAAUUGAUCCCUGAUCAAGAAUAAAAUCACCCAAAAAGUUGCUCCAGCAGAAUUGUGGAAGAAGUUUCUUCUUUUAAGAUGUAAUUUGUAGCUGAUUAUGACAUACUGUCACUUGUAGGCUGAAAAUAUCAAGGGGUGUGUGUUUUUGCGGACUGGUACAGGGCUCACUGAUUACUCUGGUGUGGCAACUUGGCAUAAAUCUAUGCCUGUGGAAAGGAGAUGUGGUAAUCAGAUGUAUAUCACAAUGACUUGGACCCCUGCCAUUCUUCACCUUAAACAAAACUGAAGGGCUUGAUUCCCCUCUUGCACCAAUAUAGAUCAAGAGACUACCAGGAGAAUCUGGCCUAGUGCCUUCAAACUGUAGUAAUAUAGAUUAACUGGCCCCAAUUGAAUUUAGAAAACAAGAAAUUAUUGUGCAGCAGAAUCAGGCCAGUAGGGAUAUAAUUACUCCAAAGAUGUGACCAUUGGCCUUCUAACUGGUACCAGUACUCAUGUGAUCUUUAUCAACUAACACAAAGGUUUCAUUAAAUGGCAAAAAUAGCAAAGCAGGACAAUUAUUUCGUCCUACUAAAUCUGUAUUAUUUGUUACACCUUCCCUUAUUGACCUACAUAUGCUAUAUGAGGAAGCCAAGUCAUGGUUUACUAAUCUGAAGGAAAACCAGACACACAACCAUAUUUUCCCUACAUAAUAACCCACGCAGGUGGCAGUAGAAACAUAACAACUUAUUUGUUUUUAAAUAAACCAGGCCACUUAAUGACAGCUUUCAAACUAAUUUAUUCAAAGCACUACUCCCUUGGUUGUGCAAGCCCCAAAGUAUGAGUAAUAAUGUCCCUUUCAUUCAUAUAUAUAUACUGCAAGGUGCAGAGUGCUUGCAACUCCCACCCACCUCAACAGUUGAGGGGCCUUGGCACCUCCUUAGGUCUCCCCAGCCCAACCCCACUCAGUACCUUGCACCCAAACCGGAAGAUUUAGCCUGAUGAUAUUUAAAAAUAUAUAUUUAUCCAUGUUUUAUAUCACACUGACCAUGUACUGGAAAGUAUUUCACUGCUGGAAUUCUAAGUCAUGUAGUCCCCUCUAUUUUUGUGCUUUCUUUCUUUUAUGUUGUACCAGGACAUUAAGCACAUACUCAGUUUCUGUCAACAUUUGUUUUUUAGAUGUGCACAACAAACCUGGAGCAUGAUAUUCUUGUUCUGUUACUCCCAUUCAGCAAAGCACAUCAACAAGUGUUUAACUGUAAGUUUUGGCUUCAAUGAGCCUAUUCACAUAUUUAAAAGCUAAGUGCUUGCUUCAGUGCCUUGCUGUAUCAGGGCCUAUGGUGCAGAUCUCCCAGUGCCAUCACUAGAUCUGUGCCUUCAUGAAGAACAAAAUAUCAUAGUCUAGGGAUACUGUGUGACUCAGAGAGGAGAAAGUUGCCUUUGCAAAACCACUCAUCAUUUCAUCUUCUCAUGUUAAAAUUUUAUUUAAGACUAUUACAUUUUGAUUCUUCGGUAGAAGAACUAUUGAACAAGAUGUCAUCAAGCUGUUUAAGCCAUACACUUAACAUGUUUUAAAAGAUUAGUAUUAAUUUUUGUCCUCCUGAUUUCAAAUACAUUUUUGUUUUAAAAAUAAUUUCUGAUAUCUUUGCUUUAAAGAAAAGCGAGUAAUAAAAAUAUGCAUCUGAGCUGUUAUAGAAGGGGAUCAGACACAAUGUAACUUUGAUAGAGUAGCAUCGCAGUUUUUAAGGCAUUUUUAUUCAGUGCCAAAUUGUAAUUUUGAUAUCAUUUAAACACUGACUGCUAUUAAGGAAAGGAGAAUCAGCUGGAAUCAGGCCAUUUUCUAAUGUGCAAUUAAGGCAUGUUAAAUAUAUGGCCUAAAAAUCUUGUGUACAGUCCUUUUAAAUAAAGUCUCUGUAACUGGAAAAGGGCCAGCCUCUGGUUCACUUCUGGGAAUGUUACUUUAGCUGCCAGCUGCGGCUCUGAAAAGAAUGAAUGAAUCUCGCUUUAUUUAUUUCUUAUUUUCUUAAUUUUUUUCUUGUUAAUGCCUAAAGUCUUUAGUUUCUCCUAAUGUGAAAAGAUGUCUUUCCAACAAAAGCAUCAGAUUUUAUAGGAAAAAAUAGAAAUAUUGUAAAAAGCAGAAUAAAAAAGAUUGAAGAUGUGAACCUGAAUUCGGGCGACCGAUUUCCAGAACCCUCCAAAGAGAAAAACUGACCCACCAGCCUUAUUCUAUUUUUGCCUCUCCAUUUUAAAAGCAAUACUAGCAAUACUGCCUCCAGGGAUUCCCCCUACCCAAUAGCUCUGAUAGAUAGAAUUGAAGAUCCAAUCUCACAUGUUGCCAUAAAUUCUCAUUGACAUCAAACCCAUUCAGUUCUUGGGCUUCUCCUGAGACUAUCAAUGAGGAGGAAGAGGUGGAAU